AUGGUGUCCUUCACCCAGCUCAUUUGUCAUCUCCUUACCAGCUGGGGCGCGAUUUGCGAGGAGUUGCAGUUGACCAGGGGGACAUCAUUCGUACAUGGAAAGAAUGGAAGAAAGCCAGCGGUUGGGGAUCGCGGAAUCCCACUCACCACAAUCCGGUGCCGGACCGCGGUAUCCGACCCACAGGGCCCCGAGUACCCGGCAAUAUGGACCCGCAAGUUCCGUGUCCGUCUGGUGUCCGGUGUCCGACGUCUGCGGCCAGCCCGAACAACCGAAGAAAAGCCUGGCCGCCGGGAACUUGCAUCACGCCCGGCAUCGGCCCAUCGGUCCCAACGAUCUCCCCAAUCACGAUCCAAUCUCACAUACCCGCGCGAAGGACAUAUCCCGCCCGUCUGUCUAGUUGCCAUAAAUAGCCAUCCUCCCUCCAUCUCCCAAGACUCGGGUAAUGUUCCAGCGCAAAAGGUCCAGCCACCGCCCGACCCCGACAUCCCCAAAUCAGCCCGCAGACCGCGGAGCCGGCAAUGCACCUGCCCGCCCACCGGCUCCGUUUGCCACAUCACACCCGCAUGUCUCUCCCCAUCGCCUGGCCAAAAAACUUUCCCAUACUGCAUCGUCCCUCGAUUCCCCGUGAUCCCCUCCCCUCACCCACUCAACCCACAACCACGAAUCCCGUGCCAAGCGUCAGAACAGCCCUGUUGUCUCCAGGGGGGAAACGACGCCUAUCCCUUCCCGCCAGCCCUCUCGAGUCUUCUACGCGGCGACGUGCAUAAGUCCUCCCCAACGCCUUUCAUCCAAACAAUGUCCCACACCAUCUCACCUCCUCAAACAAUAAUACCAAGCCUCAGCACCUGCAGAAACCCCCGCCCACACCAACUUCACCACCUACACCACCUAUACCGGCCAUCACCGUCCCCGAAUGUCACUUCCCGCAUCGUAACAAACUCCCCUCCCUUCCGGCGACCCGCCUGCAGCUUCCCUCCGGCUCCGGCCCCCCCCUCCCUCGUCCAGACGCACGCCAACACUUCCCAAGCAAGCGGGUUUCGCUUCCCUCCCCCACUCCCUUGGUCUCUACCGCCGCACUGUAGACUGCGCCAUCGCCCUUCGAGCCCGUCUUACAGAGCCGCCCUCGGUGGCUGAGGCCACUGUGCAUACGAGAGGUCCGCCACCAUCGCAAGCGGCGCAAGUCAGCCCUGAAGCCUCGAGGCCGCCGGCUAUAGGUCGCGGCAAAAAUAAAGAAACGGGCAACUUGGAGCAAGUGAGCACUGUAAACGAACCCCCCCCCCCCCACACCGUUGUUGUCUCCCGCAUGUCUUUCCUUUCAAUAUACUCUCAUCUCACCUACCACAAACCCACUCUUCAUCCCCUUCCCCCCAUCUUCCCAUCCCCAAAUGUUAUUUCCAGCGAAAGUCGCGGCGAUCCGCAUCUGAAACGCGUGGCGCCGGAUGCCAGCAAAGCUCCCCAGACAGUCCUCUCCCCCUCUCCCCUUACACGCACUCCCACUUGAACGCCC